UUCCUCUUUAAAUUUUUACAAAAAAGUUGCUUGUUGCACUCUGUCAGCCAAGAGAAAUUUCAGGCAGGGCUGAAAGUGAACCAGUAAAUAAGGGUAAACUUUGUCCUGCACUGCUAUUCACUCUGACAAAUUCCCACUCAGUAAAAGCUGAUGACAGCUGCAGACUGCUCAACAACUGCAGCUAAUGUGGAGGAGUCUGUCCUAGGAAAUAGGACAGGUAGGUUUCACUCAGUGUGCUUUAAGAUGAGGUUUGCUGGAGAGGAGAGAACUGUGCGGUGUUGAAAGGGGAGGCUGCUUGUGGGGCUACACAGUGUCCAGUAUAGUCCUGAUUUGGUUUAGUGUUAUGCUCUCAUUAAUGAUGGUAGUGAAAGUAUGUCAAGUCCUGCUGGUGACGCAGGCUUUGGAGACAUUGGCAAUACCGAGACAGACCUGGAUAUCAUACAAAAGAAAACAAAAAAGCAAAACCAAUCCAAAAAACAUGGAUGAGCUUUGAGUACUGAAGUAAUGGCAAUGGAAUGAAAUUCAGUAUUAAAAAAUGCAAGGCUGUGCCUGGGGGGACUAAUAUAAAUUUCUAGAAGCAGAAGAAGAAGCUGGGAGCUCAUCAUCUGGAAAUGUCUGUGUAGGAGGAGGGCUCAUGGAUUGGAGUAAGCGGUCAUGGAGUGGCAGCAAGCUUCUGUGAUGAUUUGUUCAUUUCCUAGGAACUAGUACUUGUAAAUAACACUUAUCAGGAAGAUGGCUUUCCAAAGGGGAUGGGAAGUGUGAGAUGGCAUGAUGGAUUGAUCUGGAUCUAAUUUUAAUACUGAUGAAAGCAUGCUAGCAAAGGUGGGGAAGGUUGCAGGAGGAAAACUUAGGUGAUUAAGGGAUACAUGGGGAGGGUUGACAUGUUCAGCAGAAAGGGCUGGGAAAAAUAUCUUUGCAGCAGGAGUCUGGGCAGAUAAGAAAGAGGUACAAUUACAUUGGUAAAAGCCAGAGAAAAUGAUGUUGCAACUAUUGACAUGCAGGGUGGUGAGACAUAUGUUCCGGUUAUGAAGCAAUUAAAGAAUAUAUAAGCCCUGAAGUGUUUUCAAGCUAAAUUCAGGUUGGCAUUCCAUGAAGAAUAAUUAACACACAAAAGCUUGAACAUAAAGAAUUAAGACAGUAGAAGAAUUCUAAAUCCUAAGAAAUUAAAUUCAUGCUAAUCAAAAGGAGGAAAGAAGGAUAAAGUUUCGGGCAGAUAAGAGAAAAAGAGUAAAGGCUGAGGAUUUGGAAAGUUAAAAACUGAGGAGACAGAUCUCAGCUAAGAGGAGAAAGCGACUGAAGGGCUGCUUCUCUUGCAUCAAAACUAUUCAGUUAUAAUCACAGAAACGUUCACUUACGUUAUGUCUUGGGCUAUGAAUGAACUCUGCAGGUUCUCAGAUGAGUUAGUCACCAUUGUUUUAAUCUGUUUAUCCUGUUUCCAUAAUAAAUAUAUAUUUUCCCCUUUAAACAAGUUUAAAGUUUAGUUUGUUUGCUGUUUGUUUUUCUUUAAAUUGAGCUGUGGAUUAUUUUUCAACCUGGUGCACUUUUUCCAAUACAGAAUUUACAUAAGUGCCUCAUUUGUAUGGGGUGCAGUCACUAAGGACAUGCAGAACCAUUUGGGUUUGUACAGCAGCAGGAACAACCUAGUCUAAGAGGGUAUCCAAGCAGAAGACUGUGUAAAUCUAGUAGAAACAGUUUCUGUGGAAUGUGUAUAUACUCACUGUGUACUUCAGAGUACACGCAUGUUUUGUACAGAUACUUUUUUAUUCCAGAGUUUGUUUGGCUUUUUUUACACAAGAAUGGAAAAGCUGUAUGUUUUUAUUCGUAGAAACUGAUGUUGAAACUAAAGCAGCAUCCUGCACCACAGAAUGUGAAAGUGAAGCCACAAAUUAUUUCUCUUUCAUUUAUCAUCACAGUAAAACUAGUGGUGUAACUCUGACUCUGAUCCUUUCCAGUCAGUCCUGAAAGGAUUUAUCUGUGUGCCUACAAGAGAUCUGUUUGGUUUUAAUAUGUUUGGAGUUAAUAGAUAGCCAUACUUUUUCAGAAGAAAAGCACUGGAAGACUAAACAAGUAUGUAAAUCCUAAAACCAUAAGUGGGUACAGAUGGACCUGACUUGAUUUCUGAAAGGGUCUAUCAGAUAAUGAUUCUGUGGCUGGAGAAGUUCCUAUGAAAGAAACUGAAAUGGAUUUCCUGGUUAACUCCUAUUUAAAAGAAAAAGGGAAAAAAAAGGAAAAUACAUUAAUUAUUCCCUUUAAAAAUAUCUAGUCAUGUAAUAACUUUAUAAGUCUUAUGACUGACUUGUAACACUGGAAACUUUACAUCACAUUAAGUUUCAACGAGAGUCACUUUAAAUAGGGAAUUGCAGGCUGGCCCUUGGUUGUGGCUGCAUCUGUUUCUGUGCUGUAGACCUGUGUGAUUUUUAAGAAACAUUAAAAAAUUCUAAUUUGCACAAGAAGGGGCUGGCGUUUAGGUGUCAAGAUUCUGGAUAUAAAUUAAUUUCAGAUUCUUGGAUAAAGCCAAGUUGAAAAUAGUACCUCCUGGAUCAUGAAUUUUCAUCAUCCUGAUAGUGAUUGAAUGCUGUAAAGCCUGUGUGUGAGGAUGAACCAGGAUCAACAGAAUUACUUGGCUACUUGUAAUUCAUGGAACUCCAAAGCUUAAGUCAGUUUGUUCAGCAAGAGUCCAGAAAAAUUUCCUAGUGGACUGUUAUAGCUGUUCAUUUUCAAAGAGGAUAUAUUGCACUAUCAGCUGGAUUACUAACAAAAAAGGGCGUAUCCUAAAAAUAAGGUAUCUUGUGUAUGUUUUUAUCAAAUAGCACUAUGAAUUUGUCUUGCUGUAAUGAGGUUGAUCUGAGUCAGAACGCUCUCCUUUUCCAGUUGGAACUGAGCUCCAGGUACUUGCCUAUUUCAAAAAAGUUUGAUUUGAACAUUAAUUAUUGCUAUCGUGCUGAAAAAUAAAGAUUAGAGCUAACAGAAAUGCAUGGAGAUGACAGUUUAGGGGAAGAAUAAAAUUUGUUUUAGAGUUCUACUAUUUAUUUUUCAGUGCCUACCAUAAUGCACUUCAGAGAAAAUAUUUUCAAUUACAGCCUAUAUGUGUGCUCUUGCAAUCCAAACUCUGCUAUUUCAGCUUACUUUCCUGUCUGCUAGAAGUAAAAUGAAAGAGCAUCAAAACUCGAUCUUUUUUCCUGUUACAAUCUUUGAGAUGCAGCUAUAUGUGAUAAAGUUUUCACUGUGUCCAAGACAAAGCCUGUAGAGUUUUGACUAAAGAUUAAGAUAUUUGAGUCAAGGGUCAAGAUAUUUAGUCUAGAUGUAUGGCAAGCUUCUUUGAGCAAUCCUAAAAAGAGCAGUGGCUCCACAUUUUGACCAGCACAUACUAAUUAUCUGUUUGAAUAAUUAGAAUCGCAGUGGGGGAAGGGAACCUCCUAUUCAUUAUGCAUGAAUAUUGAAGAUUACAUGAUGUUUUUACCUAAUUGCAGCUGUUUGCUUCUAUCCUUAGUCAACAUCUCCCCUCCCCUCUGCACUCCCAUGCCAUCAGCUGGCUGGCUGCAAUCUCCUGUGUUGGGGGUAAUUGCACCACAUCACUUUCAAUGGCUGGCCUGCAAGAUGCUCUGUGAUCCUUCUGGGUAGAAGGUUCUACUGAAAUGUAAAAUGUUAUUAAUUAUUUUACAUAAAUUGCUACAUUAUUUGUCUUGGGUAUUUGUGGUUUACAGCUCCAAUAAAAGAGGAGGCUGACCACACUGCAUGACUCAGUGAUAUGUAACUGGAUACAAAGCUCUUCAUUUCCAGGUCAGCCACUUGCCAUUGUCCCAUGGCAUUUGGUGAGUAUAAAGUAAGUAGGCUAUUCUACUUCCUAGUAGCUGAAUGUUCCCAACACAAACUCCUGACACACUACUGGCCAUCAUGCCCAUUGCACAUUUCUGUCUCCAGAGAAGUUGGACCCAAACUUCUUCCUUAAGUAUUUUAAGUGAGGGUGUUUCUAAUGGAGUAGUACGUUUGAGCAUGUGUGUGAGAGCGGGAGAUCUUUGCUCCAGGUUUCAUUUAGACUUCAUCCAAUCCAGUGUUUAUCUCAGAGUGCUUAUGUUCAAUAAAUUUGGGGCAGUUCUCACAAAAGCUUUUUCCAGAUAUUUUAUUUCAUUACAGUUUGGAGAAAAAAACCUUUGAUACAGCUCAGUGCUGAGCACUUUGAUCUGAGUCUUCUUAAACAAAGAAUGUCUUUUUCUGAAGAACCAAAGUGACUUGGUAACAUGUACCCCGUUUUCUUAUUAGUAACUUGAAGAAUCCAUGCUUAGCACUGCUUUACUUUAGUUUCUUCUGAAAUUGUGGAUAUUUACAUUUUUAUGUCCUUGCUAGUGACAGCUAGCCGGGCCAGACAGCCUCCCUUAUGCAGACAUUUGUGCAGACAGUCCCUCUGUCCACUACAAAAACAUGGGACACCCAAGUUGAACUAAAUGCUGAAUACCACCACAUGGGUUUGCAGUGGUCUGUAACUGAAAAGGUUCACUGGAAGCAAUUUGCAAAGAAAUCCUUAGGAAACCACCUGGAUGGUUAUUUUAAAUUAAAAAAGGAAGAGAUGCCACUUUAAAAAAAUAAUUUUUAAUACUAGGUUUAAGGUUCCAUACAUGUGAUAGUCAUUAAAGCUUAUUUAACCCUGAAAUUAUCUGGCCUCUUUAAUUCCACAGGGACUGUAAGGCUCUUGGGUUAGAAAUGAAAAAUAAUGUCAGAACAAAAAUGAGACUUUCCUGAGUGCAGGACCAUUAUUACAGAAUAUUUUCUUAAUCAAGCCUCUUUAAGUGCCCAGCAGUGGAGGAAAAAAAUAAUCAGGUUAUGCUGCUUUUAUCCACAGGGCAUUUGCUGAUGCUUUGGGCCACUGAUUGACAUAGGCAAAAGUCAGUCCCAAGGGCUGGACACACUCACCUAAAAUGCCUGUAGGACCUGUGAUUUGUCCAUCCACAAUCUCAACUGCAGAACACCCAGUUCCUUCUUACAAUACGCAUUUGGGAUAAUCCCAGUACACUCUGACGUUUGGGCUCUUAAAAGUCAGAGCUUUCUGGUUGUUGAGACUGGAAACUUUCAGCAGAAGCAGUGAUUUUUGUCAAGUUUCAGUUACACCAAACAUCUGUGGUGUGCCCCACCACCCUUUCCCCAAGGAUGAAACAUUCUGCAGGGAGGGUGUUGCAAGAAUUCCUGAACUAGACAGCUAAGCUGGAGUCAUAACUGUCCUGGCCAGGGCCCUAGUUUUUAGGAGGCUCCCAUUAGAAUUAAAACAUCCCAUAACUCUCAUCACAACAGCCCUAUUCUUAAUGAACAUGGAAAUGUAAGGCUGGGGUUGGAAUGGGGGGAGAAUGAACAGACAGACAAGUAAACAGAUAAAGAGGGAGCUCUUGCAUGCAAGUGGAAUUUCCUCUGAGCACAGGACAUUCUUUAUCAUUAACUGGUCUGUCACAGGAAGGAAAAGGGGAAAACAGAGUUUCCUGUUAGGGGGAAGGAAAAAAUCAAUAGGCUUUGGAAAUACCUGUCUGGAAAGAACUUUUUGUUUUGCCAUCAGCAAGAACAAAUAAGUUUUUAACUCCUUUGGAGCAUGACAUCUGUUUUAAAGCAAUUUCUUGAAAUAAGACUUCAGUGUAAACAUCUAAUUUAGAAAUGCAGUUCAGACUGCUUUGAUCUUUCUUGUUCAUUUCAGAAAAUGCUCUUCCUCCUAGAAAUAUCUUGUAUAAGACACUGUUUUGAAAGCUGUUUAAUUCUUCUGAGUCUGUGUCUAUGAACAUAAUAAUAAUUAGGAGGGCCAUUUGCCAUGCACACACAGUCACUCCUGUGAUAUUAUGGUUAAGGUGAUCACAGAUGGGCAAUGGUCUGCUAUUGCUUCUGGUGAACAAAAUUUUCUUUUUGGAAAGACAAGACUUACCAAGCAAGUCCUCAAAGCCUCAGGAGGACAAUGAACUACUUUGUGGCUCCUGUAUCAUCACUUUUUUUUCAUUUUGCUUUGAAUAUCUACAGUGGUAGAAGUGUGGGGUUUUCAGAAGAGUGAGAAGAGGCAUAAAGACUGCAGGAAUGGAUGUAUUAUAUGCACAAGCAGCCUCAUGGUAACCUGGGUUGCUCAGGGUAAUCCUUUUUCUCUUUAGGUGGUAGCUUCUCUUUGCAAAGCUGGACCAGGGGAUUUAAAGUCGUUCCUCAGUUGUAGCCACAUUCCCGUGUUCUGAGCCAGGGGUCUAUCCUGGCCCAUGACAAAGUUUACAGCAAUGUAAGUGGAUAACUGAAUGAGCAGAAGCUAUGUGAUCCAGCAGUGUAAAUGUAAGAAGACAAAAUAGAAAGAAGGAAGGAGGGAAGAUGACCUCUUAGACAUGCACAGAAAAAGAGGUGGAAGUUUCAUUUUUUUAAAUAGAGAGGGAGAAGUGGGAUAAGCUUAAAAUGAACCUAUCAGCAAGGCUGGAAUUAAAAGAGGGCUUUAGGAAUGAUCUAACUUUUAUUUUAUUACAUGACAGAAGACAAAAAAUCAAUAGCUGGUAAUUCAGACAUAAAUGAGUUAUACAGGCCAUUGACACAAUGGACCAAACUUUAUAACAACCACAUCUGAUGCUGUCAAGCCACAGGCUUCAGUGGCGCCAGUAAUAAUUAUGGCUGAUCACCUCUAAUUCAGAGCUGCCUUGCUUGAUAAAGGUGUCACUCUGAGUGCCUGCAGCCUCAGUAUCUAUUGAGGAUGUCAUCCAGCAGGUCAGGUUGCUGUGGAGAACUGUGUUUUUUAAUUGAAUAGGACAAACCCUUAGUUUUCUCCUCUUCUCAUUCUGUCUGUAAAAAUCAUAUGUAUCUUAAACAAAAAAUCACUUGAAUUCAUGACUGAAUCUACUUGAAUUCAAGAUCAAACUACGACAGCAGCUAGUGGUGUUGAUCCAUAGAAAUCAACACUAUAUAUAUUCUAAACUAUAUAUCAACACAAUAUAUAUUCUAAAAAUAAUUUAAAACCAUAAGAGUAUUCUCAGGAGGAGACUUUGGUACUUUACAAUAAUCUCUGUUGCACUGCUGCUGUAAUCAAUUAAAGAACCCACCCCAAAAAAACCCCAGUGUGGUAAAAUGCUGCUAGGCAAUAGAAAUUGAUUUUUCAUAAACUCACAUCAUCAUAAGGAAGAAAAGGAAGCACACUGACUUUCCUGUUUUCCUACUGUUUUCUAAAUUUGGGGGGCAUAAGUGCCAUCCAUUGAGUGUUGGCAAACUGAGUUUCACUCAGAGAUAUGAGGUGAAGUGGCUUUGUGAAAUAAUUCUUGAUCUAAAAAGAAAGGAGACAAAUACCUCUAUGGUGUUUUAUGUGCCAUUAAUACUUACAUCCGCAGUUUGAUGUCGAAACUAUUAGUCUUUGAAUUGCUCGGGGAUGCUAUGUGUGCUUAGACAUUUUAAUUUAUUAUGAUUAUGAUUAUGAUGAAUAUUACUUUUAUUACUUAGGCUUUGCAUUCUUUUGUGGACCAACUGCUUGGUACUGCGUUGACUACAAUCAAUUGGGAGUGAUGAACAGUGAGGAAGCCCUCUGUGGGGGAGGACGUGAGAGGUAUUUCAGCCGCAGCCACUGUGGCAUUUAGCAUCAGGAGCACUUUGAUGAGGCAGACCACUUUACACCACAGUAGCUUAUCCUAGCGUGCGUGAAAGUUUAUUAUAGGUUCCGUUUAGAAACAUUCUCUAUGCUUAAAGAAACCAGACUUGUGAGACAAACACGGGAAAGGCAACAAGAGCAGCACAGCUGUGAGUUAGUUACAAGCUUGCCGUGCUGUGUGGCUUUUCUGGUACUUUUUUUCUGUUGUGGGGAUAGAAGGUGCCUUGCACCUGUGUGUUUGGAUACGGAGGAAUACGGUGCAAGAAACAGCCCCGUCGUUUUCCUUCAAAAACCCGGGGCUCAAUUCCAGCUGUGCUCCGCCGAGGCAGAGAAAUCCCGGUCUGAGGCAUAACCUGCAGAGCAGCGCUCUCCAUCUCCCAGACCCACACACACACACGCCCGCUGCUCCCCGGCUCCUCCGCUGCCCUCCUCAGCUCAGGCUCGGUCUCCUUCCUCUUCCAGCGGCCGGCUCUUCCCGAAGCGCGGACCGUGCGGGCGCUCGGAGCCAUGCGGGAUAUCCUGGCGAUCCCCAAUCGAUCCUGUCAGCCCCGUGCCUGGUCCCAGGGUUUUCCUGCGCUCCGGCCGGCAGCUGCGCAGGCCCUUCACAGGCAGCACUGUUUCUUUCUCUGUUUACUCGUUUCCAAUGGCAAUUGCACCACCGAGUCUCAGUACGUCUGGAACUUGGCCUGGGGCUGUUUUGGUUACAUUGAAGUUUUUGCUUCAGCGCUGCCAGAUUUAAAUGGUGACUUCACCAGCACUGAGCUAAAAAGGAGAAAAGGGGAGGAGGGAGGUAGUGCAGCGAGCGGGAGCGAGGGAGAGGGCCAGGGCAUUACAUCAUCGCUUGGACGGGAAUCAAAUGGGAAGGAUAUGACUCACUCGGGCUAGUUAAGCUUUGGCUCAAGUUCUACAUACACUCAUUCCAGGGCUCUCAUGUUCUGCACCUCAGCAGGGAAUUCAGGCUCAGUGAUGUCCAUGAGGCCUGUCCCAGGUUCUCUGUCUUCACUACUGCACCUACACAACCGACAAAGACAGCCUAUGCCUGCCUCUAUGCCUGGCACCCUGCCCAACCCUACCAUGCCAGGAUCUUCUGCUGUACUCAUGCCUAUGGAGCGACAAAUGUCAAUGAACUCCAACAUCAUGGGGAUGCAAGGGCCGAACCUCAAUAAUCCAUGUGCUUCACCUCAAGUUCCCCCAAUGCAUUCAGAAGCCAAAAUGAGAUUGAAGGCAGCACUGACUCAUCAUCCUGCUGCCAUGUCGAAUGGGAAUAUGAACACCAUGGGCCACAUGAUGGAAAUGAUGAGCUCGCGACAGGACCAGACGCCACACCAUCAUAUGCACUCACAUCCUCAUCAGCACCAGACACUGCCACCUCAUCAUUCAUACCCGCAUCAGCACCAGCAUCCAGCACACCAUCCUCAUCCUCAGCCUCAUCACCAGCAGAACCACCCCCACCACCACUCCCACUCGCACCUUCACGCACACCCGGCACACCACCAGACCUCACCGCACCCACCGCUGCAUUCGGGAGGACAAGCACAGGUUUCGCCGGCAGCGCAGCAGAUGCAGCCCACGCAGACGGUACAGCCACCACAGCCGACUGGAGGUCGCCGGAGGAGGGUGGUGGAUGAAGACCCAGAUGAGAGGAGGCGGAAAUUUCUGGAAAGGAACCGAGCUGCUGCCACGCGCUGCAGACAGAAGAGGAAGGUCUGGGUGAUGUCACUGGAAAAGAAAGCAGAAGAGCUCACCCAGACAAACAUGCAGCUUCAGAACGAGGUUUCCAUGCUGAAAAAUGAGGUAGCACAGCUGAAACAGUUAUUGUUAACACAUAAAGACUGUCCGAUAACAGCUAUGCAGAAAGAAUCACAAGGAUAUCUAAGUCCCGAGAGCAGUCCUCCUGCAAGCCCGGUCCCAGCUUGCUCCCAGCAGCAAGUCAUCCAGCACAACACCAUAACGACCUCUUCCUCCGUCAGCGACGUCGUGGGAAGCUCCACUCUCACCCAGCUUGCCAGCCACAGAACAGACAUCAACCCCAUCCUUUAAAAGUGGUUGAUCAGAAACUGCUGGGGGAGUGUGGUACCGUAUCAAAGUGUCCUCUCUGCUAAGGACAUUGGCAACCGUAACUCAAGCCUGGAAGAUUCCUCAGUUCUUGAAAGACUCUGGCUAUUCAUUUUUAUAGUAAUUAAAAUGUCUUUUAUACUUAGUUACAUAAAAGGGAGUUACGCAAUUAAUAUUCUAUCAGCUUGAGAAAUGCUUUGGUGCUUUCUCCAUUUUUUUGGUACCAGUUACUUGUUUAUAAACCUAACUGUUUCUGUACAUAGUUAUGUUUCCUUCUCACCAGUCUAGCCUGCAGCCUCAGAAAUACAAAGUUGUGUUAAACUGCAGCUUGUUAGCCAAUGUGAGGCAUGAAAAGUAUUAAACAGAGUCAAACAUAGGUAACUAGCAGUAAUUAGGCUAUAAAUAUAGACCGAGGGCAUCUGCUGACAGCAUAAUAAAAAAGAGUUAGCGUUGUGCUAUCAGCAGACCACGUAUCGCAUUCAGAGCCUCUUUCAGAGCAGUUAUAUAGGAUGUGGCUUCAGGACAAAAUCAAGCCCAAAUAGCAUGCUCUUUUGUCUAGCCCUCCCCCUUCUGCUCUUUCCCUAUCCUGGCCUUUUUCUCCUCCAGUUAUUCUCACACCUUCCUUUUCCCUUCCCUUUUCAUUUUCCAGAUGGUUUUUUUUUCUUUUUUUUUUCAUUCCAAGGCUUUCUUCCCUCUUUUCUCAAAGAAAGGUAAGAAACAAGAGAACUUCAAGCCCACCUAAAAACUGUCGGCACGGCUGCUGCUUUCACUAGCUCUUCAACCGCAGCUGGGCUGUGCCAAGCAUUUGGCUUUUAAGAAAUACAAAUGCUCCUGAUUUAGUGUUUUUAAUAAAUAGGGAAAGGUGAAAACAGCGCAGCCGCAGGUGAAGCAGGAUGGUGAGCCAGCUGUGUUGAUGCUAGCAGCCCUAUAAGCUUCUGUGGUGCAGCAGAGGCAUAGCAAGCAACACCUGAGAGUCACAGCAAUUUUUUGCACUGCUAGUCAUUAAUGCAGGAAAAUCCAUGUGGUAUAUAAUAAUUGGGAAAAGUUCUGUUCCCUAACCUGGUUGCACUGUUCUAGCAACGAAAGCUUAGAGCCUCAGGCUUCAUGGGCUAUAAAUGAGAAAUAAAUCAGUGUAAUGGUUCUGACCAGUUGGAAAAAUGCCAUUUUUAAUUCCCAGGGAAAGACCUGCUCUCUGCAGGCAUUCCUUUAAACGUUCACGGACUGAUCCCAAGCUGGCAGACAGCAGUGUAGCUUCACUGACUUUAAUGGCACUUAACACCCGCUUACCACGGGUAAGGAAUUGUUCUUUUGGACGCUAAAUAAUUUUUAGAAGGCACGCAGUGGCUAAAAAAUGCUGCGAGAAUGCCAAGUCCCACACUUGGGAUAAAAUACAGUCCUGCAGAGAGGGUCUGGAAAAGAGCCUUAUGCUACAAUUAAGGUUUUUGUUUGGACUCUGAGCCUGCCCCUCAGCACAAGUGAUUUGCAUCCCCGAGUGGUCCCAGUGAUUGAUGGGAAAAUCAGACAGAGAUGAUGCCAGUUAAUUAUGCUGCCUUGCUGUAUAUUGGGACCUGAUUUUGCUCUCAAAUCUGUCAGAGGCAAAACCUCCCACUGCUCACCCUGGGAGCAAGCUCCAAGCUGGUGAAAAAAGUUCAAACAUUUUGAGCUGCAUCUUCAAGAGCAAAAUUCACAUUAUUCCCAGCAAAUCCUUUAGCCCCGAACACACUUUGUUCUGAAGCAAAGCUCUCUUCCUCAAAGACUGUGUCUUUGGUCUUUGGAGGAGCCAUGAGUUUUAAAAGGGUGGGUCUCCAUGCGGGAGGGAGAGUGAAACAACUGAAGUGUGAGGAGGCUCUGUAAGGAGCAGGGCCUGCCUGGAAGGGAAAGCAAAUUUCUGAGCAUCAUUCAUUGCCGAAUUAGUUCUUAUCUUGGUGACUAACUUUUUAUCAGUAUUCUUUUCUUUAACAGCUUGCUUUCCAUUUAUGCAAAUACAUUCAAAAGAAGAAGAUUUUUAAUGUACAGUGUAAAUCUUGACUUGAUUAUAUAGUCUAAGUACCAAAAAAAAAAAUUAUGAAAAAAUACAAAUGUAAAGGAUUUUCUAUUAUAUUUUAGACAAACAUAUACUUUUAAAGUGUUUUAAAUACUGAAUCUAUAAUUUUUUUUAAUCUCCAGUUGUAAUAGCUAAAUGGUUUUGCUUCAUCAUGGCUCCCAAGAGAAGUUUUUUCAAAUAUGCAGUCGAGAGAAAUGUUCCAGCUGAGUAUCCACUAUGUAAAAAACCCAAAUAAGCAUUUCCCCCACAUCUGAAUUUCAUCAUUCACCAUCAAAAAGGAAAUGCCAUUGCAGGGUUAUUUUAAAAAACUUUACCUCUAUAUGGGUAGCACUUAAAUACAUUAAAAAAUAAAAAUCAAAGUUGUUGGUAAUAUUAGAAUACCCAGUUGAGCUACACUGCACUAGAAUUAGGGUUUAGCUUCAUUUUAUUCAGUCUCCUCAAUUAAAAUAUUUAGCUGUUAAAAUGAAAGCCUCUACAUUAAAAAGAAAAAAAAAGGAAAAAAUACAAAAACCUUGCCUAAGUUUUGUUAAAUUCAGCAACUUGACAGUUUGACUGAUGUGUAUUAUAUAUAGCUCAAUUAUUUCUUUUUUUAAUGCUAACUAGGCAAGCCAACCACACAUGUUGGCCUAAAUGUGUAAUUACAAUGAAAUGUCUCCUCUCUAUACUAUUGGCCUUUAGGUAUAAUCCUUGCUAGUGAUGUGGAAAUAAGUAAAGGAUGAAAAGCUAUUUGCUAUUGCUUCUUGUAACUCUGCCGCAGGUUCACAGGCCAAGACAACAUGCAGCAUAUUUAUAUCGGCUGUAUCAUUGGGAAAAGGACCAACCAUACCAGGCACCUUAUAGUAUUCAUCAGAUUUGCUUCCACAUUAAAAUGCUCUUGUUUUCCAGGGGAGUGAUCCUGCAGCCUUUCCUCAAGCUGCUGGUCCAACAAGGCACUGGAGGCUGCCUGAGCAAGGGCUGUGGGAGAAGCCCCAGCCCUCUGCCUCCAGGAUGUCCCUCUGCCAUGUGGUCAGUGGCAGCAGCCUCUUCCAAAGCACGUCACUCUAAAUGCACUUCCUGAGCUCUUUCAUCAAGGAGGAAUCCUGCUAUUCCACAAGCUACUUCUGGAGACUGCUCUACUUUCCUCUCGCCCUGCCAGUCCAGCCUGUUGUCAGGCUCACCAGGCUCUGUGCCCUAUCCCACUGCCAGCGAAGGACAACUCAGACCACUUCCAUCAUCCACUCUCUAGGGCACUUGCACGAUGGUGAGCCUUGGCCGUGCCUUGUUCAGGAGGAGGUGUUACCAUACCAUAGACAGCAUCUCAUGAGCGUGACGUCGGAAGCAGGUUGGAAAGCUCAGCCACAGAGAACUGCAAUACUUUGAUUAGAAAGAAAUGAUGUUGCGAUCCAGCUCUGGCACCCCCAGCCCCCCUUCCCCAAGUCAAUUUAUGCAAGCCAUAUUCAUAACGCUGCCUGUGGGAGACAAGUAGUUUGUGUGCUAUCAUGGUGUGUUUUAUAAGGACAACAAUGAUGAUGAUGAUUUAUGGAGAAUUUCAUGCUGUUGGGAGUUAAUUCCUGCUAUGAAGCUAAAUGUCUGCUGCCCAUAUUCUGAAUAGUGGAAAUGGUUCAAUGGUUCAGUGCCUCAGUGCGUGUGGAUUUAGUGUUAAUGACUCAAUCCUGUUAACUAACAAGCCAGCUCUAACUGUUGUUAAAUGCCCAACUUUUGAGGAUUCAUAUUUUUUUAAGCAACAAUAUUUAGUGUUGAAAACUAGCCUUUUAGUUUAGGCAAAAUGUGCUUUUUAGCAGCUAAUACCUUUUUUUAAAAAAAAGCGUAUAGAGUGAAUUUAUGAAAAUUCAUGAGGACCAAAGCAAUUUUAAAACAGGAAUCUAUUAAUUUAGUAUUCACAUAGAAUUUUAUAAAGUAUUUAUUAAUAAAUGUUAUUUUAACACAUUCCAUUUGAACAGUAUUCUUGUACAGAAUCUGUUUGUUGUUUUUUUUUUAAAGUUACAAUAUUAGUUUUGCAAUAAACUACUCUAGGUGUGUGUGCAUCUUAAUCUUUCAGGGUCUCAAGCAGAAGUCAUCCAUCUAAGAUGGAACAGUUUGCUGAGGUCAGUUGUACAGAAAUUCCUAGAAUUAAAUGUUUUCCUUAAAGCAGCAUCUGCUUUUUUUUUUUUUUUUUUUUUUUUUUGUUGUUUUUUGGGGUUUUUUUGUAACAAUGAAACAAAUUAUAAACCUUCAGUUGUUUCCUCUGUAUUGCAAGAUGUGCUUUCUCAUUUUAGAAAGCAUGAGUCAACGUAUAACUGGAAAUCCUGUCUCUUUUUUUCUGCUUUUUUUUUUUAGGGCUGAUUUUAUACAUCACAACAGAAGAUCUAACCCCAUCCUCAUUUCUUGUCUAAUAUCACAUAGUGAGUUGCACUAUACUGCCUUAUCAUUGCCUCUUCAGUCCUCUUACUAAGCAGUGUUCCUUAGAUUUAGAUCACCGAAGCUCCAUUACACAUCAGAGAAAAUUACAAGAGGGGGAAGAAGAGAAAAAAAUUGAUCUGUAGACAUAAAACCUAAACUGUGCCUAUAAAACAAAACCAGUUACAACUAAUUAGUAUCUUAUUCCUACAUUUCAAUUAUUUAUAUUCUUUUAAAAUUGCACUUUAGCUCUUGCUCUCUUUCUUGCUCUCCCUUGUUGAAUCAUUUAUAAAUAGUCUUGUAAAAGUUUGCACCAGAUACAUUUAUAUGCUUUCACUGGUGGCAUAUCUACAACUUGUCUCUCACACCUGCCCAAGCGGAGAAGCUGAGACCAGCCAGUCUGCAGUGUGACUUAGACUUUACACCCUCUUCAUGACAGCAUAUAAAUGUUUUAUUAUGCAAUGUGUGUGAUGUGAGGCGGCAUCUAAGCUACAUUUAUAAUCUCUCAUCCCAAGAACCAAAGUGUCCUGUAUAUCGUAAGGUCAGGAGACUGGCUCUGUUGUGCAUUGUGAGGCACUUUGACUGUUGUCCAACUCACAGUAGCUGCAAAGCUGCAGUGGUAACAGUGGCCAUACUAUGUAUUAGAGUUCUGAAUCAAUAAAAUAUGUUGCCUUAUAACUUGACUAGGGACAGCACCUUUAAAAAGAAAAAAAAAGAAGAGACAAAAAACUUUUAAGAACAAAUAAAAGCAAUAAAAUCUCAAGUGAUUUGAACACCAAAAAAAAAAAA